CCUGCCUCUGCAUCACAACCACACACAGCAAGUGUGAGAGCCGAGGAACUAAAACUGGACUGACUCAGACACACCCAACUUCCAUAAAGACACAAAAAGGUGCCUGUGCAUUAUGGUCAACGCCAAGAGAGUGUGCAUCUCGGUUGGACGGCGCGGGUUUACCGUAUUCUUCGCGCUGCUCGUCCUGGGAGGGCUGGUGUGGGCGUACGUGGCCGGCUUCCAGCUGGUCUCCAAUGAGUUCAACAUCAUUUCCUUUGGGAUCUACGGGGCCGUACUGGGGAUCCACAUCAUGAUCCAGAGCCUGUUCGCCUUCCUGGAGCACCGCAAGAUGAGGAAGGACAAUCUCAGCUGCAGCUACACCAAGUCGGUCGCCCUCACCAUCUCCGCUUACCAGGAGGACCCCGAGUACCUCCGGGAGUGCCUCCUCUCGGUCAAAAACCUCCAGUACCCUCCGGACAAGCUGAAGAUCAUCAUGGUCAUCGACGGCAACAGCCCGGAUGACCAGUACAUGAUGGACAUGUUCAAGGAGAUGUUCGGGGAGGGCGUGGGGACCUACGUGUGGAAGAACAAUUACCACUCCUGGGACCAGAGGGCUGCCCUGGAGGAGUCUCUAGGGGCUCCCCCAGGAGAGCACACCUAUCAGAAUCCAGACGAGCUGGACUACAGGGAGGUCGAGACGGACGACCCGCAGAGGCUGGACGUGGAGGACCUGAUCAACAGCAAGCGCUGCGUGUGCAUCAUGCAGAAGUGGGGAGGCAAGCGGGAGGUCAUGUACACCGCCUUCAAAGCGCUUGGGGACACCAUGGACUACGUGCAGGUCUGCGACUCGGACACCAAGCUGGACCCCUUGGCCACCCUGGAGCUGGUGAAGGUGCUGGAGUCUGACGAGCGGUACGGGGCUGUAGGGGGAGACGUGCAGAUCCUCAACCUCAGCGAGUCCUACAUCAGCUUCAUGAGCAGCCUGCGUUACUGGAUGGCCUUCAACGUGGAGCGCGCCUGCCAGUCCUUCUUCGACUGCGUGUCCUGCAUCAGCGGCCCCCUGGGUCUGUACAGGAACGAUCUCCUGCAGCUGUUCCUCGAGUCCUGGUACAAUCAGAAGUUUCUGGGAACGCACUGCACCUUCGGAGACGACAGACACCUCACCAACAGGAUGCUCAGCAUCGGAUACGCCACCAAGUACACAGCGAGAUCCAAGUGCUACACCGAGACCCCGGGCCAGUUCCUGCGCUGGCUCAACCAGCAGAUCCGCUGGACCAAGUCCUACUUCCGGGAGUGGCUCUACAACUCCCUCUGGUGGCACAAGCACCACCUGUGGAUGACGUACGAGUCCAUCGUGACGGGGAUCUUCCCCUUCUUCGUGACGGCCACGGUCAUCGUGCUCUUCUACACCAGGGGCCUGUGGGACAUCCUGUGGAUCCUGCUGUGCAUCCAGAUCAUCGGGCUGAUCAAGGCUCUCUACGCCUGCCUCCUGCGCAUGGACCUGAUCAUGGUGUUCAUGUCCCUCUACGCCGUGCUCUACAUGACCAGCCUGCUGCCCACCAAAUACUUUGCCAUCCUCACCAUGACCAAGAGCAGCUGGGGCACCUCGGGGAGGAAGAAGAUCGUGGGGAACUACAUGCCGCUGCUGCCCUUGUCCAUCUGGGCUUCGAUCCUCCUGGGGGGCUUCUUCUACGCCUGCUACAAGGAGAGCCGCGAGGACUGGACCUCUCUCCCCAAGAAGGCAGAGAUCCCCUACCUGAUCUACGGGACGGUGGCCUACGUCUGCUUCUGGAUCGUCAUGAUCGGCAUGUACUGGGUGUUUUUCCGACGGUGCUGUCGGAAGAGAGCCGAUUACUACGACAUCAAUGUGUGAGACUCCGUCUUCAAAGGGCGGAGGUCUGUCUGGAUGAUGUCGUCCCUGGCACUGUGCGGUGGAUGAUGUCAUCACCGCAUCACUUCCACACUUACAGUGAAUAAAAUACCUCUGGAACUGGAGGACGGACUGGGACUUUUCCCUGGGACCAGCGACUGGAUUGUCUUUGUAAAUAUUAUUAUUUAUUUAUUAGCAGACACCCUUAUCCAGGGUGACUUGCAACUCUUAUAAGAUAUCACAGUACAAAGAUAUCACAUUACAGAAUAUCAAAUUACAGAUAAAAGCAGUUAUAAAAUACAGUGAAAUCUGUAGAAAAUACGAUCAGAUUCAAAUCAUAUGCUGCUGCUAUGCACCGCAGUUGUUAUAGAAGGUUUUACAGUUCAAUGUAUCCUUAUUUAUUGGGGUUUGCUUUAGGGAUCAUGUUGAUUAAUUGAAACUGGUAGAUUAUUUUGGAAGAUGGCAUAAAUUGAGAGUAAAAAGAGGGACUUGUUAAUUAUCUUCCAACCGGACAUGGGAGAGUUUGGGCAACAAAAAAAGGGGAAAAUGUUUAUCGAAAUGCAAUAUUCAUAUGUAAGGCUGAACACAGUGUCAACGACCAGAGAUAUGUAUAUUUAAAUAUGUUAUGUCAAAGCGAAUGAACUUUCGUAUGUGAUGGAAUGAGAGACCCAAGUGUAUGAAUGUGAUCACGCAGAUCAGAUUUCUAGUUUUGAUAUUUAUUUGUUAUCACAGUUUAAAUACAGUUUUUUUUUGUGCAAGUUUUUUUGUUCUAAUAAAUAAAACUAUUUUUUAACAGGAA